AAUUAUCCCAAAUCCAACCCGCUGGAACGCACUAUAAACCCUAGCUAAAACCCAAAAUCUCUCUCCUCCACUAAAGCUCUGCAACUAACUCUUCAAUUCGUUGAAUACUGCCAAUCCAAUUCGCAUCAUCAAUCUUUCGAAUCUCAUCUGGCUAGAAAUUUGGUAUAAUCAAAGGAAAACUAGCAGAAGAAGUGUCGGAAAUUGAAGAAGAAAAAAGUGAAAAAAAAACAAUAAAAUGGAGGUUGAUAGGGAGGAUGGGCGUACAGCAACAAUGUUGAGACCUUUGGCUUGCUCUAGAAGUGUCCUUAAUCGUGCUCACGGCUCUGCUAGUUGGUCCCAAGGGGAUACCAAAGUGUUAGCUGCAGUUUAUGGACCAAAGGUUGGGACUAAGAAAACCGAAAAUCCGGAGAAGGCUUCAAUUGAAGUUAUUUGGAAGCCCAAAACUGGACAAAUUGGGAAAUUGGAGAGGGAGUAUGAGAUGAUACUGACGAGAACAUUACAAAGCAUCUGUAUAUUGACUAUCAAUCCAAAUACAACCACCUCAGUAAUUAUCCAGGUUGUCAAUGAUGAUGGUGCUCUUCUUCCUUGUGCAAUUAAUGCUGCUUGUGCUGCACUUGUUGAUGCUGGCAUAUCUCUGAAGCAUCUUGCCGUUGCAAUAUGCUGCUGCUUGGCUGAAACAGGAUGUGUUAUAUUGGAUCCUACAAAACAAGAAGAGCAGAAAAUGAAGGCAUCUGUGUAUUUGGUGUUCCCAAAUUCUGUGCUAUCAGUUCUUCAAGUUUCAGUCACCAAGAUUGACGAACCAAUGGAGCAUGGAAUUAUCACAUCUGUUACCCAUGGAGCAAUGUCAGCAUCAUGGAGUAGGUUGAUCAUUCCUUUUAAAUUGAGGUGUUGGAUAGCCUGUAAGGCUUGGAAACGUGAGGUGCAAAGAACUUUGAAAUGGACAUGAUUGGGCUGUGCCGCCACAAAUUUCCUUUUAUCAAUGCAAUUUCGUCGAUACUUUUCGAGGUGUAUAAUUUUGAAGAUCUUGUUAGAGGUACUUGGAGAGCUAGGGUGUAAUGGCUUGCUAACAACCCUGUAGUUGGGUGGCUCUGAAGAUAGAUGUUAAUUUCACAUUAAUGCAUUUAAUUUUGUAGUAAAUACGCUAUCUUCUUUUCGGGAUUAAUGAGAAGGGUGGUUGACGAGUUCAUUAAUUCUCAA